AAAUUUAAUGCGACGCCAUUGAUGUCAUUUUUAGUCUUCUUUAUACAACAUGGCAAUUUUGAAUGGAGAUUUCGUUGCUCUAGCUAUAUUGUUGUUAAUAAAUGUCUUUACUUCUGAUUGUUCUAAGCUUCAAAUGCGUGUUGUUGGCGGGUCUGCUGCUCCAGCCAAUAGCGCUCCAUUUAUUGUGUCCUUGCAACAAGUAACUUCCACCAAAAAUGUACAUUACUGCGCUGGAACAAUUUUAAAUACUAAUUGGAUAGUGACUGCAGCCCAUUGCCUAUCAUCUAGCAAUUUGGUCUAUAAUUCGGUAGUUUUGGCAGGAAGUAUUCUGGUAAGUGGGACUGCUAGCACAGCACAAACACGAAGCAUAAGCUACUACGUGGUGAACGAUCUCUAUGUUGGGGGAACAGCUCCAUACGACAUUGGAUUGGUCUAUGUUGCCACUGCUUUCACAUGGACUAAUGCUGUGAAACCAGCUGCAUUACCAACAGCUGGUGCCGUGCCGACUGGAACGGCUUCGUUGUAUGGUUGGGGCAGUACAUCUACAUCUUCAGAGGCAAUUUACCCAACAACACUGCAAGUGGCAAGUUCAGUGACAAUCAUAACUUUGGCGACGUGCGAAAGUGCUUUGGGAAAGGAUUUGUCAGUUAACCUACAUGACACAAACAUCUGUACUGGCCCUUUGACAGGAGGAAUAAGCAUUUGUACAUCCGACUCAGGUGGACCACUUAUGCAGGGAAACACAUUAAUUGGAAUUGUUUCGUGGGGCAAGCUUCCAUGUGGGCAAACCAAUUCACCCUCUGUUUAUGUGCUUGUCUCCGAUUUUAUCUCAUGGAUUUUUAGCAAUCAAAAAGUGCCAAGUUUAUUUUAGUUCUAAAUAAAAAAA